CAUGUAUAAGUUAUUAAUUUAUUAAUAAGUUCGAAUAACCUAGAUUUUAUACCCUGUCCUGUUUGUAAAACAACCAUUUCUAAAGAAUGACAGGUCACAUACAUAAAAAUAUGUUCAUACAUACAAGUGAAAACAACAGCAACGGUACAUGAACUGUGUGAACAUCAUCGGAAAAAAAGAAGAAAAAAACCGUAUGUGAACAUCAUCACGUGGCAUUAUUCGAUUGGAAAAAAACUAAUAUGCACAUGCGCUAAUUGACAGCAUCUUCCCACUUACGUAACUACUUGGAAACCUCGCUCCAGCAACCCCCACCCUAAUGCUUUAAUAAUCACCGCUUCUACAUACUAACGUACUUGUAUAUAUCUGAAGCACCAAAUCCAUACUCAUCACACUAAAAUUUCUUCCUUCGAUCAAAGCUCUCAACAAAACCAACAAAUUUUACUAAACCCCCCAUCGUUAAUGGAACCACCGGCUGCCGAUUGCCACCACGUCCCUUCUUCAGAACGAUACAGAGGCGUUCGCAAGCGAAAAUGGGGCAAAUGGGUGUCUGAAAUCCGCGAGCCAGGGAAGAAAACUCGGAUAUGGCUUGGGAGCUACGAAGAGCCAGAAAUGGCGGCCGCCGCCUAUGAUGCGGCUGCAUUGCACCUGAGGGGACGUGGCGCGGUGCUGAAUUUUCCUGAACUGAUUGAUAGCCUGCCGAGGCCGGCGAGUUCUAGCCCGAUGGACGUGCAAUUGGCGGCUCAAGAGGCUGCAUUGAGGGUUAGGAGGCUGCGAAUUGGGGCUGUUUCGACGGAGGCGGCAGGUGGCUCGUCCUCGCCCAGGGGCUUGAGCUCAAUGCCUGUGACGGUGGGGCUGUCGCCGAGUCAAAUCCAGGCUAUUAACGAGUCGCCAUUGGACUCGCCGAAGCUGUGGAUGCAGUACAUGUACAGGGCUCAUUGCCAUGAGGGUCUGUCGUUGUUAGGGGACGACAUGUCGUGUGUUGAGUAUUAUGAUGAGGAGGUUGAGUUGGGGGAGUGUGAGAAUAUGCAGCAUUUGUCCAUAUGGGAUUCCUACUUAUGAUCCCUUAACUAAUUAGUUUAUUAAUUAUACGUAUACUUGAGACAAAGCAGGUCACCUUUUUUUAGUUUUUAUUUUGGAAAAAUGAAAACUAAUAUUGUAUCCAAAUAUUCACCCAAAAAAGAAAGUAGUAUAAUCUAUAUAAUUAAAAGCAUUUAUCUGUGUAAUUGAGGUUUCAAGUUCAAUUUCCCCCCCUCCAAGAUUGCUUGUAUAAAAAGUAUCUCUCAUGGUGUCUUGUAUUUGUGAGUUUAGAAAUAAAAAAUAAAAAGAAGCUAAUACGAUCAUUUUGACCUAGUGGCAGAG